UCAUGGCGAUGCUAGACAUAUGGGCAGGCAUCGGUCAGGGAUGAGGCGGGGUGGGGCAGAAGACACGGUUCAGAUAGCAGGUUCUCGCCUGCCCGAUUGUUCGCACGCUUGUGGAUCGUGCAAGCCUUGUCGGUUGGUGAUGGUUAGCUUUGUUUGUUCUACUAUUGAAGAGGCUGAGACAUGUCCUAUGGCUUACAAAUGCAUGUGUCGUAACAAGUCCUACCCUGUUCCAUGAUCAACCCUAAUUCACAUUAUUAUAAUAAAAUGUUUUCUUUUCUUUU